AUGGAAUCUACCGGGGAAGUUGGGCUCAGCGACGCGGAAGACCCUACGGUGGCCCACUUUGCCAGCCUGGUGGCCAAGAUGGAGCCUAUCGAUCCUAGCAUCCUCAGAGCAACUUCCGCCUGGCGAGUGCUGCAAUCCUUCGGUGCGGCAUUGAGAUGGACCAACACGGAUCUGUAUGAACGGAGCUUUCCUGUGAGUUCGAUCCAAGUUUUCUGGAGCCACAGCUGGCAUGGGAACAACUACAUGAAGAGGCUCCUGUUGAUUUUACUGUACAAUGGGCCUGCUGCAGCCAUCGCCGCCACCAUCUCAGCUUUGCUGAUGAUGCUGACGGCCAUGGCCCCUUGCAUUUUGGGUUUUGGGAUUGCCCUAUGGGCUUCUAUGCUACACUGGAUCUUGGUGGAAGAGCACACUGCUUUCGAAACGCUGGCACUCGUGCUGUCACGGUGGUUCUGCUUCUACCUGGCAGCCUCCUACUUGCGUGAGCACUACCGGAACACAGAGAUUAUGCUCAAGCAGCUCGCCGACUUUACUGUUCAAGGUGCGCACUGUCACUGCUGCAUUGACGAAGAAUCGUGUACUGCCGAAGUCUGCGAUCGUGCGGUCAUCGCGCGAUGCAUUCGCAUCUGGUAUGGAUCUGUUGAGGCCUUCGAGGCUACUGUAAGAACGCAUGUCAGGCACAUGUUAUACCGUCAGUUGGGUGGAUUGUUGUUCCCGUAUCGAUGGCAAGUCAUUGGUGCCUUGCCUCUUUUCUGGGGAUUCGCAGAUCUCAUCGCGGCACGUGGGCGGGGCGGAAACUGGAAAGUGGCUGGAAUGUUGUGCUUGGCCAGCCUGACUUGGUGUUUCCUUCUGAUUCCCCUCGUCUUUCAGGUGGCAUUGAUUUUAGCGAGACAUUUUCGCAGAGAGCAGAGCAGUGUGUGGCAGGACAGGCUGAAAAGCGUUGGGGUGGCCCUUGUGGUGACCUUGCUACUAGGUUCGCCAGGAGUACUCCUUGUGCUCUUUGUCGUUUAA